GACUGAAUCUCAAGAUGUGGUUCGUGGGAACUUUGAUUCUGCUAAGUUGGUUGAACGUGGUAUUACCACAGUGCGACUUUCCUCAAUCGCUUUGUUUCGAUUCGCAAUCGAUCUUCCAAAAACUUGACGAUCUCGAAAGUGCGAUAGAUGCCUUACCUACCGCGCCAGUUUCCACCGUGGAUUUAGAAAGCUUGGUAUCCCAGAUAAAAGACACGAUUCAACAACCGAUCACAUACAAAACGUGUGCCGAUGUGCCAAACACUUAUCCAUCGGGGCUUUAUUUGAUGGCCGGCGAGUUUAGACAACCAUAUUAUGCUUAUUGCAAUAUGGAUUAUAGCGGUGGAGGUUGGCAAGUGUUUCAACGGAGAUUCGAUGGAGUGACCAACUUCUAUCGUGAUUGGGCCUCUUACAAGGCUGGCUUUGGCGACAUGUCGUCUGGCGAGUUUUGGUGGGGUCUGGACAAUCUAUUCCGCGUAACAAAUUUGGCCCCUCACGAAUUGACGGUCGUGUUGGAGGACUUCGAUGGAAUAACCGCUUACGCCCGAUACAGUGGAUUCCAGAUCAGCGAUGAGUCCGAUCUGUACCGGAUGAACAUCUUGGGAACCUACUCUGGAACUGCAGGCGAUGCAAUGAGAAGGUGCUUAGGCAUGGCGUUCAGUACCUUGGACAAGGAUAAUGAUAUUUUUGCUGCAAGCUGCGCCGUACAGUACACCGGGGCAUGGUGGUAUUCAAACUGUCAUGAUAGUAAUCUCAACGGACAGUAUCUCAAUGGCACCACUCCGGAGUUCGCUAAGGGAGUUACUUGGAAGCAAUUUAGAACACAAAAUUAUUCGCUCAAACGCACGUUGAUGAUGAUUCGCAAAUUACCAUAGGAGGUCAUGUCGCAUGAACGUAAUAAAUUGUCUUUGAUUCA